CCGAGCCUGUGAGCAGGGUCUUCCCACCUUCUGAAGAAUGGCUUCUACUUGGCAGAGGCUGGGUUUUUAUGCCUGUCUUCUGAAAAGGCAGCUAAAUGGUGGGCCAGAUGUCAUCAAGUGGGGAAAGAGAGUGAUUCUAGGAUGUACCAGAGGUAUUUACAGUGCCACGGGGAAGUGGACAAAAGAGUAUACGUUGCAGACAAGAAAGGAUGUCGAGAAAUGGUGGCAUCAACGAAUAAAAGAACAGGCCUCCAAAAUUUCAGAAACGGAUAAAUCAAAGCCCAAGUUUUACAUGCUUUCCAUGUUCCCGUAUCCUUCUGGCAAGCUGCACAUGGGCCAUGUGCGUGUGUACACCAUCAGCGACACCAUUGCACGGUUCCAGAAGAUGAGAGGGAUGCAGGUCAUCAACCCCAUGGGCUGGGAUGCAUUUGGACUGCCUGCCGAAAAUGCCGCCAUUGAGAGGAGUCUGCAUCCAGAAAGUUGGACACAAAGUAAUAUUAAACACAUGAGGAAACAGCUUGAUCGACUGGGCCUGUGUUUCAGCUGGGAUAGGGAAAUAACUACGUGUUCACCAGAUUACUACAAAUGGACUCAGUACCUCUUUAUUAAACUCUACGAAGCUGGACUGGCCUAUCAAAAGGAGGCUUUGGUUAACUGGGACCCAGUGGAUCAGACAGUGCUUGCCAAUGAGCAGGUGGAUGAACAUGGCUGUUCUUGGCGUUCUGGAGCAAAGGUGGAACAGAAGUACCUCAGACAAUGGUUUAUUAAGACAACUGCUUAUGCAAAGGCCAUGCAGGACGCGUUGGCAGACCUUCCAGAAUGGUAUGGAAUAAAAGGCAUGCAGGCCCACUGGAUCGGGGACUGUGUGGGCUGCCAUCUGGACUUCACAUUAAAGGUUGAUGGACAAGUCACGGGAGAAAGGCUGACCGCCUACACAACCACCCCCGAGGCCAUUUACGGCACUUCCCACGUCGCCAUCUCUCCCGGCCACAGACUGUUACACGGGCACAGCUCUCUGAAGGAAGCCUUUCGGAAGUCACUUGUCCCUGGCAGAGAUUGCCUGACACCCGUGACGGCUGUGAACAUGCUCACCCAGCAGGAGGUCCCUGUCAUCAUCUUGGCCAGAGCUGACUUUCAGGGCUCUCUGGAUUCAAAAAUAGGAAUUCCCAGCACCAGCUCGGAGGACACCGUCUUAGCCCAAACCUUGGGCCUGCCCUACUCUGAAGUCAUUGAAACUUUGCCAGAUGGCACAGAGAGACUGAGUGGCUCUGCGGAGUUCACAGGUAUGAACCGGCAGGAUGCAUUUCUAGCCCUGACUCAGAAAGCCCGGAGGAAGAGAGUGGGUGGAGACGUGACAAGUGAUAAACUGAAGGACUGGCUGAUCUCCAGGCAGCGGUACUGGGGCACACCAAUCCCCAUGGUCCACUGCCCAGCCUGUGGCCCCGUGCCUGUGCCUCUGGAGGACUUGCCCGUGACCUUGCCCAGCAUCACGUCUUUCACCGGCAAGGGAGGCUCCCCCCUGGCCACGGCUUCAGAGUGGGUGAACUGCUCCUGCCCAAGGUGCAAGGGAGCAGCCAAGAGAGAGACAGACACUAUGGAUACCUUUGUUGAUUCUGCUUGGUACUACUUCAGAUACACCGACCCUCGGAAUACUCACAGCCCUUUUAGCACAGCGUUGGCAGAUUACUGGAUGCCUGUGGAUUUGUACAUUGGAGGGAAAGAACAUGCCGUCAUGCACUUGUUCUAUGCGAGAUUCUUUAGUCAUUUUUGCCACGAUCAAAAAAUGGUCAAACACAGAGAGCCUUUUCAUAAGCUGCUGGCCCAAGGCCUUAUCAAGGGGCAGACAUUCCGCCUACCAUCUGGACAGUAUCUACAGAGAGAGGAAGUAGAUCUCACAGGUUCUGUUCCUGUUCAUGCAAAAACGAAAGAGAAGCUAGAGGUGACAUGGGAGAAGAUGAGCAAGUCCAAACACAACGGGGUGGACCCCGAGGAGGUGGUCGAGCAGUACGGCAUCGACACCAUCCGGCUCUACAUCCUUUUCGCUGCCCCUCCUGAGAAGGAUAUCUUGUGGGAUGUGAAGACCGAUGCUCUCCCCGGGGUGCUGAGAUGGCAGCAGCGUCUGUGGUGCUUGGCAACCCGAUUCGUUGAGGCCAGGGCUUCUGGGAAGGCUCCCAGGCCUCAGCUGCUGAGUAACGAGGAGAAAGCCGAGGCCAGGAAGCUCUGGGAGUACAAGAACUCGGUCAUCUCUCAGGUGACUGCCCACUUCACAGAAGACUUCUCACUGAAUUCUGCAAUUUCUCAUCUGAUGGGACUCAGCAGUGCCCUCUUGCAAGCUCCUCAGAGAGUUGUUCUCCACAGCCCCGAGUUUGAAGACGCUCUGUGUGCCCUGAUUGUGAUGGCUGCCCCGAUGGCCCCUCACGUAACCUCGGAGCUCUGGGCAGGCCUGGCGCUGGUGCCAAGGAAGCUCUGCACCCACUAUGCCUGGGACGCCGGCGUGCUGCUGCAGGCCUGGCCAGCCGUGGACCCACAGUUCCUCCAGCGGCCCGACGUCGUGCAGAUGGCGGUUCUGAUCAACAACAAAGCCUGCGGCAAAAUCCCUGUGCCCCAACAAGUUGCCCAGGACCAGGAGAAAGUCCACGAGCUUGUUCUCCAAAGCGAGCUGGGUGUCAGGUUCUUGCAGGGACGAAGCAUCAAGAAGGCUUUCCUCUCCCCCAGAACUGCCCUCAUCAACUUCCUGGUGCAAGAGUGACUGCGGGGAGGGCCUCUGAGGAGCCUCCUUCAGGCCUGGGAUGAAGGGAAGCCUGCUGGCCCAGGGGAAGGGAAAAGACCAAUGUCUUGACUGUUUACAUUGCACUCUGACAGACUGGCAUCAAUGGUGUGCCUCUGUGAUGGGGCCUGGUGCAGAGGUGAGGGUGGGUGUGGGCAGAGGAGAAAUAUGGGUGAAGGGGGAGGGGGGCAGCCUCUUCCUCCCCCCAAACCCCCCACCGACAUUGCAGGGUGGAGGAAACCGUCUGACCACCUGUGAAGCCACCAGAGGUACUGCCAGGUGGGAGCAGGAAAGAGAAAAGAGAAGCAAGUGAGAAUGAACAUGAUGCCUCUUGAGCAGCCUGGGAGCUUCUGGAUCCCAGAAAUUGCGCUGCCUCAGGCACACCCCAGGAACGUGAGGGUAAACUGAGGAACUGCACUCAGCUCAGGAGCCGCGUGGACAGUCACUGUUGAACGGGUAAUAGCCUCAGCAUCAUGGUGGAUGGUCCCCUCACCUCCAGGCUAGAUGGAGAAGCCAUUUGGGUGAUGUCCAAAUAUCCAGUGUCUAGAAUGGACAUUGGAGUCUUCAGAAGCUGCUCUGAACCAAAAGGCAAGCGGUGCUAGUCCCUUUGCCAGCGUCCCCCCUGCUUCUCAGCUCUACCUAGCAGGCUGCUUCCUCCCCAGCCCAGCUGG